AUGAACCGCAACCCUGAGGCAGAAAAGCACAGGUCACUCUCCAUGACCACGCUGCGAAGAGGAACCUCCCCCACCCACAGGAAAGCCCAGCCCCCCACCACCACCCCAGAGGCCCUGUCCUUCUCACAAGCAGUUGCUCGAACUGGCCGGCCGCCACAUUCAAAACCACCUCAGCCAUCUUCAGCCUUUGAGACCAACCAACACUGCCUGGCCAAUGGGCAUCCGCGGGCCUCCCACACCUACCUUGCUCUGGGCUUCUAUUUCAACUGGGACAACACAGCUCUGGAGGGCGUGUGCCACUGCUUCUGUGGGUUGGCCAAGAAGGGAGAGGGAGCCGAGUGCCUCUUAAAGAUGCAAAACCAGCACCAGGGCCUCGUUCUCUUCCAGGAUGUGCGGAAGCCGCCCCAAGGUGAGUGGAGUGAGACUCAGGACAUCAUGGAAGCCACCGUGGUCCCGGAGAAGAACCUGAACCAGGCCCUUUGGGAUCUGCAUGCCCUGGGUUCUACCCACGCAGACCCUCAUCUCUGUGACUUCCUGGAGAACCACUUCCUGGAUGAAGAGGUGAAACUCAUCAAAAAGAUGGGCAACCACCUGACUCACCGCUGCAGGCUGACCAGGCCCCAGGCUGGGCUGGUUGAGUAUCUCUUCGAAAGGCUCAAGCAUGACUAG